AUGGCGACGGCGGCAGCGGGCACCGGCUGGGAUUGCCCCAAGUGCACCUUCCACAACGAAGACCCUAGUGCCGCGGUUUGCCAGGUGUGCAAUCAGGGCAGACGGCCCAAUCAGGGCAGACGGCCCAAUCAGGGCAGACGGCCUGACGGGAGGAGCAACGACAGCCGGCUGCGCCCUCCGAAGGCGGCAAGCCCUCCGCGAAUUAGCAGCUUCGCGGACUAUGACGACGGCGACGACAAAGACAGCAGAGCGGCGGCGGCGGGGGCUCGCACGGGUAGGAACAAGGCGAAUGGCCGCCAGGGGAAGAAGCAGCGACCGGAGACCGUUCAAGAGGAAGAAGAGCAGGAGACCGCGGAAUCGUCCAAAUCGUCCAAGAGACCGCCGCGUGCGAACACCCGGUCCUCUUCCCGGGCGAGGCAACAGCAACAACGAACAGAGAGCGCCCUUGUAGUGGAAGAUAGCGCAGAAGAGCAGGAUUUAGACGAAGAGGUAGUGUCGGUAGACGGCGGCGGCGGUGGGGAUGGGGCGUCCGACCGGGCUGCUACAGACGACGACGACGUGGACUAUUCCGGGGAGACGCCGCUCCUGUUCGGGAGGGGCUGGUCCGCCAGGCAGAAGGAGCGGGCGAGGCAGCGCAAGCUGGACAAGGAGCGAGAGAGCGCGGGCCGCAAGUGCGGCGGGGGUGCAGCACCUCGCCAGCAGGGCAAGAAGCGGCAGCGUCCCCUUCCGUCCUACCCGGGCGACGAGAUAUUCCGGGAUCGCGCGUACGCGGUUGUUGAAGACCGACGAGAUCGCGACCACGAUGAUGACCGGCCUCUCGUCCUGCAUCGUGCCGUUACCACCGGGGGCGGCAGAAGACGGCCGGCUUGGAGGUGGCCGCCUACCCCGACGACGUGUGGAGACGGCGGCAGCGGCGGUGCCAUGUCUCCUGGGAGUCGCGGCACGGUGCGGGGGGACGGGGGCGGCGACAAAGCGGCGAGCAGCAGCUGCAAUGCGGUGGAACCCUCGGUUGAUGGCGGCGGCGGGGGGGCGUGGGCGGGACAGGGCGAUGGACGUACGUUGGCGGACUCGCUAGGGGUCGGAGUUGAGGAACAGAAGCCGAAGAAGAGGAAGCGUGCGCACAUCGAGCACGACAGGGAACCAGCACCGCCAACCCCAGGGGCUGUAGCGUCAUCCUCCCCGCGGUUGAAUGACUCACCCGGGCGGCAUUGCACACCUGGGCGUUCCACAGAAGUGAAGGGGGCGGAGGGAAAGGGUGGGGAACCGAACCACAAUGAGGUCGGCACCCGUCCUACGGCGACGGCGGUGACAGCGGCAAAGAGUAGGGAGAGCGGAAGCGGCUCGUCGGAAGAACGCCCGGUUGAUAUUCAUAGGGCUUUUGGUGCGAAUGUUGAAUCUACUUCUAGGGCUGCUGAUGCACCUCCUUCCGCCUCUGCCGGUGCCGCUUCGAUGUACGUAGGCAGCGCUGAGCCUCCCCCCGGUGGUUCAGGGCUGGGUAGCGAUACGGAAAGCACCGACGACGGCGUCGUUGGCCCAGGUGGGGAUACCGACAUCGACGACGAUCACAGCGGUGGUAAGAACGGUCUUGGUGGCAGCGUCCCAGCAGCGGGAGAAGGGCCGGGAGACAAUGGCUGCAUGCCUGCGGCGGCGGCGGCGGUGGCAGGCGGCGGCGGUUCGGAAGAGGAGGUGGAGGACGAUGAUGACAUGGAGGAAGACGGUGCCAGCCUCGGAGAGGGGGAGGGAGAGCGGGAGAGCACGGGAGGCGACAGCCCAAUACAAGAUGUACCAACCAACGCAGGUGGUAGCCCAUCGAAGGACGACGCUGACGUUUCUAGUAGGGCUGGAGUACCCGCCGCCGCCGCCGUAGGUCCAACGCGGUGCCGCAUGAUGAUGGAUAUCGGGAGCUCGGAAAGCGAUAGCUCAGACGACGACGGCGAUGUCGGUGGCAAUACUGGUUACGGCGGGCGAGGAGCCGUGCAUCUUGGCCCCGCCUUCGAGGAAGCUGUCAAGCACCCCGGCGCAACGGCCGUUUCCUCUGCUCCUCCCGGCGCCUCCGCUGCUGCAGCUGCAGCUGCUACCGCGUCUACUGCCGCUGCCGCGGCGACCCCCACCCCCACGCCCCCCCCGGCAGAUGCCACCGGUGUCAACGGGAACAGUGCAGCGGCGGCGACCACGCCCCCUCCCACGCGAACACCGCAGCGGCAACGGUGCGGUGGCGAGAGUGCAGCAACAGCGGCGGCGGCGGCGGCGGCGGCGGAGGACAGCCCGGGUGCCGAGGCGAUGGGCCUGGUGGACACGCCUCCGCCGCCGCCGAGGGCAAGGAAGCGGCCUCCACAAGGCGGCGACGAGCUGUUGUCGCCGCCCUGCGCCACCGCCACCGCCGACAGGCAGACCGGCGGGCGACAGCAGCAGAAGAAGUCGCCCCGGCAGAGCCGAGUGCUGGGCAGGCUCGCCUGGGACAGCGGCGCCGGGUCUCAGACCUCUCAGGCCUCGACGGGGCCGCCGCUGUCCUCCCCCCGGGGAAGCGGGAGCAGGGGGGAGUGGGAGUGCGGCACGUGCACGCUAAAGAACCGAGGUAGGGCGAAGGUGUGCGAGGCCUGCGAGACGCCGAGAUCUCCGCCGCGGGGGAUGACGACUCGCCGGGCGGCGGGCCGCAAGGGCGACUCGGCAGAUAAUGCGUGGAGCGACGGCGGCGCUGACGAUGAUGAGGAUGAAGGUGGCUCGGCUGCCGGCGGUAGUCUUAGCGGCAGCGGUCGCGGUGCUGACGAUUCGGGGGGCGAUGGGGACGGUUCCCGCCCCGAGCGGGGUGCGAGAGAGCAAGGCGGCUGCAACGGCGGCGAAGACUUUGUUGGCGGCGCGGGCAAGCGGCGGCACGGCGGUUCGGAGGAGGCGUCGUCGUCGACCGGGAGAAAAGAGACCGGCGAAAUCGAAGACGUGAGGCGUACCGGUCGUGCUCGGAACGGGUCGGUCGGUAGUGGCAAGGGUAAAGACGGCGGGAGAGGGGAGCACAAUGGUGGUGUCGCCGGCUCCGCUAGGGGCGAGGUUGGAGCGGCGGCGGCGGGUGCCGGCGGCGGCAUGGGAGGCUUCGUCGGAGACCUGGACGUUCUGUAUUCCGACAUCGAGGACGACGACGACUUAGGGGGGUUCUCGGCGGGGAUGGGUGAUGACGAUGACGACGGCGAUGAUUCCGACGAGGACUACCUAGACGAAGACGGCGACGAUUUCGAGCAGUACGAGAUGGUUAGCUCCCAGAUCGAGGAAAGGUUCUUGCGGUCGCAGCCGGAGGGAGGGGUGGAUACGUCACCGAAUCCGCAGGGCCGCCCCCAGAGCGUCGAGGGCUUGUCGCCGUCCCCGAAAAGAAGUCGGCGGCGGGUUCCGGCCCCCUCGCCGGGCCAGGUUCUAGACCUCACCGAGAUCGUCGACAACGACGGUAGCGGCCCUGACAGGGAUACGGCACCCCGCGGUGGCAAGGGUCGAGCCGGGGCUGGGGCCAUGGUGGAGGACAUCUCAGACGAAGACGAUGACGAUGACGACGACUUCAGUCUCCCGGGCUUAAAAGGAAGCACAGCCGCGGCGGCCGGGGGGGAGCGCGCCCCGCCCCGCAAGUUCCGCUUCUUCUCGAACGUGAGGGAGCACCGCGACCGUGGCACCAGCUGCAUCGACUUCGCCGCGAUGGCGGCCGCCCCGGCCGGCGGCGCCUCCGGCACGAAGAGCUACGCGGUCCGGAAGACCGCCCGCGACAGAAAGACCAACAGGUCCAAGCGAGGCUCCAAGAAACCGAAGGCUCCCAGAGCGAGGGCGACGGCAGCGGGAGCCGCGGCCGGGCGUGGCAGCAAGGGCAGAGGCGGCGGCAAGGGGGCAGCGGCCAGGGUCGGCGCAAGAGGUAGCAAAGGGUCGUCGAGCGUGCGGCCGUUCGGCGGUACGGGCGGCGUCCCUUCCUCGAGUUGGAUACCUGCUGGGGUCGCGGCGGGACUGUCAUCAUCCGGGUCGGCGGCUGGAAAGAGGGCCGCCGGCGGCGGCGGCGGGGGCGGUGCGGCGGGACGAGGGCGGAGGCAGCAGCAGCCAUUCAACCAUUACCAGGGCAACGACGAGAUGGUGGACGAUUCCAUCGGCGGCGGAGGGUUCCACUGGGAGGGUGUGGGCCAGACUUCCUUCGGGGAUUGAGGUGCUGACUGACUUUUGAAGCAUGUGUUUGAGAGGAGCGUUUUAUUCCCGCCAAUUUUUUCUCUGUUGCUCUCUCAAUCGAGCUUCUCGUCUCCCGUGGACAAACAGGGUGCGCUGGAGCGAACGGGGAAGUAUGUACUGUAUGAGGGUGACCGCGUGUGUUCGGUGGAGCCGCUGGAAUGAGAGGGUUAAGUCAAGUUUCGCAUCGGCGCUCGGGGAGGGGGGGGUAUUCAACCCCGACCACAAGCUUCGACCACAAAGGGACUUGAGCAGCAGCAACUGUAUUACCAGCCCUUGUAUCGUACGUCAUCCCGUAAGCGAAGAAUGAGAGUGGUCAGUUCUUAUGGAGAGGGAGGGAGUGGUUGGUUGGAGUGCGCUCGUGGUUUCGGUGGUUUCGUGCCAUUCCCGACUACUUACUAUUGAUAUCCUCUCGAUUGCUUGUGGGGGGAGGGUUGGUUAUGUUGCGAGGUUCGCAAUUUUGAGGCCGAGAUGAACGGGAAGAAUGUUGCCCGCGCUUGUCUUGUUCUGGUCUGCCGUGUUGGCCUUGUGUGCAUGCAUGCCUUGUGCGUCGCGAUGUGGUCGCCUCGUUUGUCGGUCGACGGCCGUCUUUGAUAGAUUUGUGGGCUUUUGAGCCG